GUUAGUCUUCCUUCUGGUCUUCAAUUCUGGAAACCUUUCAUAUCAAUACUUUUGAAUGGAACCUAACGAUUAUAAACAAAUCCUUCAAUUCAAGCGAUAUCAUCUGUGCAUUAACAUAAUUUACCUCUGCUGAAGGUGACCAGUGAGCUGGGCUAAUUGUUUUUUAAUUGCGGAUGCAAAAGGUUAUAUAUAGACCGACACGUUCCCCACCGCUUUCACACGAGAAAUGUACGCCAUAUUUUUGCUGUUUGCCUCGUUGGGAUUCGUAAUGGCGCAAUUCCACCAGGACACCUACGUCAUCGAGCACGAUCGGAUCGAGAUAUUGAAAUUCAACAGGUCGUUCGUCCGUCGUCCGGACUUCCAGGUGCUGUACUUCAACGAUACUGUGAAGAUGAAGGCCCUAAACGCUUCCGGUUACUUUAUAGCGCCCAUUCAAAACAAAGUGAAGAUGGAAGUGACCGUGUACCGAUUCGUCGGUGGCGCUUAUCGAGUUUUUCCCAUCAACGUGACGCUUGACGGUUGCAAUGAGAACAAGAGGAAUUUAUUCGGUUUGCAGUCCAUAUAUCAAUACACCAACUUUAAAGGAUGCCCUGUCCCCAUUGGUUACCUGUAUCUGAAAUACUAUCUGAUCGAGUAUGAGAAGUUUCCACCCCAUGUACCCUACGGGAAGUACAAGCUGUUCAUGGAGGUUCAUGCUAACGAGGGCGCGUAUUUUAUUGGUAACGGGAAUUGGUAUGGGUCUAUUGUACCAAAAAGGAAGGAUUAG